UGACGCAGGAGUACCCGCACAACCCCAACGGCUCCCCCGAGGGCAUCGCCGCCCUCUGCUCGCCCGACGGGCGCCACCUCGCCAUGAUGCCGCACCCCGAGCGCUGUUUCGUCAAGUGGCAAUGUCCGUGGGCGCCGCCAGAGUGGGAGGCGAACGCGUCGGCGCCGUGGCUCCGCCUCUUCCAGAACGCCGCCGCCUUCUGCGCAUCCACGCAGUAG